AUGCCUUCCAUUCGCACCCUCCUUGCCUCGUGUCUGGCAGUGGCCUCGACAGUUUCCGCCACUAACAUCAACGACUUCUCGUGCAAAUCCAACUCCAACCCGGUCGUGCUGCUGCACGGUCUCGGCGCAAACUACCUCGAAGACCUCAACGUGCUCCAAUCUUGGCUCCAGAACAAAGGAUACUGCACAUAUGCCCUCACCUACGGUGAAUAUGACGUCGCGCCUCUCGUCGGAGGCCUCAAGCCCAUUGCCGAAUCAGCCCAAGAAAUCGCCGCCUACAUCAAAGAAGUCGUUCAAAAGACCGGCCGAAGCAAAGUCGACCUGGUUGGCCAUUCCGAGGGUGCUUUCCAAUCCCUUUAUGUGCCCAAGGUUGAAGGAGUGAGCCAGUACAUCGACAAGAUUGCUGCGAUCGCCCCGCCCACCCAUGGGACCUCGUUUGCGGGCCUCUAUAACAUCGCUUAUCUGCUGGGUAACGCUUCCCGGGACCUCGUCAGCCAGGUUCUGAACACCGUCGGAUGCGGUGCAUGCGAUGAUCUUGGACCCGGCGGUGCAGCCAUCGCCCGCUUGAAUGAUGGGCAGCCCAUCGCGCAGCCCGGCAACAAGGUGACCAUCAUCGCGUCCCGAUACGACGAGUUGGUAACACCCCCCGGAGUCUCCUCGUUUGUGGAGGAGGACGGUGUGACCAACCGCUAUGUGCAGGACACAUGCCCUCUGGACCCGGUCGGCCACAUUGGUGAGGCUUAUGAUGUGAAUGUGUGGAACCUGGUCAAGAAUGUAUUGGAUGACACCCCCAACCGCAAAUUUGUGUGCUUGAUUGGGUCGCCUGGCAAGGUCUGA